AUUUGACGCGCAUGCGCGAAAGAACCGGACGUGUCUACCUGUAUAGAGAGUCUUCGCCUUCUUUCCGAAUUUUCCGAUUUGGUUCGGUGAUUCGUGUGUACGUGUAGGAUUUGUGCGGGUGUGUCAUCGGUCAUCUGAUAACGCGUAGUGUUACUUGUGAGAAACAGAUAAUUUGUGCGAGACGAGAGACAACGAGACGAGGAUCGCGAUAUGAUGCAAUUUAUGCUACUAUUCAGCCGCCAAGGGAAGCUUCGUUUACAGAAAUGGUACGUCGCGCAUCCGGACAAGCUGAAAAAGAAGAUCACGCGUGAAUUAAUUACCACGAUACUCGCACGAAAACCAAAAAUGUCGAGUUUCUUGGAAUGGAAGGAUGUUAAGGUUGUUUACAAAAGAUACGCAAGCUUAUAUUUUUGCUGUGCAAUUGAGCAAAAUGACAAUGAAUUGCUGACACUGGAGAUUAUACAUCGAUAUGUUGAAUUAUUGGAUAAGUAUUUUGGCAGCGUAUGCGAGUUGGAUAUAAUUUUCAAUUUUGAAAAGGCAUACUUUAUCUUAGACGAAUUGCUUGUCGGUGGGGAGAUUCAAGAAACUAGCAAAAAAAAUGUAUUGAAAGCCAUUGCUGCCCAGGACCUGUUACAGGAGGAGGAGACUCCUCAGGGAUUUUUCGAAGAUCACGGAUUGGGAUAAUAUUCUUUAAAACGAUAUGAAUACUUUUUCGUAAGUCUACAUUCCCAUAACUGUUUUACCAUUCCACGUUUCUAUUAGUGUCUCAUGCAAUUCUUAUAUUAUUAUUUGAAUUUCAAAAAUUUAAAAAGAAAAAAAAACAAAAAAAACGGAUAUAAAUUUUAGAUACAUUUUAUUUUAUUUAAAGCGAAGUUGUGCAAGUUUAACAUUUCUUGGUUAUUUCGUUAUUUGUUUAUUGAGCGAAGAAAUGACAUAGAAUACUUGAAAAUUAUCGAAAAUUAUCAAUGAGAGAUUAAAUUUCCGCGUUUCUUACAUAGUACAAGAAAUGAAAAAAUGCGAUUUCUUAAAUUAGACUUUUUCUUUACGGAAAUUUUACUUACAUAUUACGAAAUACAAUCGAGUGAAGUGAAUGCAUAUCAAAUAUAGCAUUCACAUGAAAUUUGAAACAUAAGUUAUUUAUACACAAUCACUCAUGAGAUGUGAUGUAUUGUUAAUUAAAUAUCGUAUUCUGCAUUACAUAAUAUAGCAUCAAUGAAAUUCCGGAUCUUCCUCUGAUCUUGGAUAUACAAUAACAAGUGUCCGCACACUUUCAAUCAUUAUUAGCAAAACCGUUACAAUCUAUAAUAAUAAGACUAUUCUCUGAUUGGAAUGUUAAAAAAUAUACAGACUGAUUGGUGAAUCGGUAAUAAUUAUGUAUUCUUUGACGAAACUUGAAAGGUUUUUCAUUAAGGUCAAAGUUGAUCAAGUUUAAUUAGUAAUGAUAUUUUUGGUAUUUAUAAUUAUAAUUAAGGUCAUUAAAAGGAUAAUAUUAAUAUACCAGAUUGAUAUAUAUUUGCUAAAUAUGAGUUACAUAUGAAUAGCAAGUCAUCGAACAGUAAUUUUACAAAUUGUUAAAAUUGUAGUUUAUAAAAUUAGUUAUAUGAAAUAAAAUUAGUAGUUGCGCUGCUACUUGUAAUUUUAUUUAAAAAAGAUCGAACAUAUCGAAGUUUACAUCUUUACUAUCGAUUCUUGUUUUUUGAGAUGGAUCCAGAGAAUAAUUUAAGAAAUAUUAGUAUUUUUUUAGAAUAAUUAUAACAAUAUAGUUUUCUUUAACUCUUAACAGAUAUAAAUUUGCAUUUUGAGAGACUAUCAUUUUUACAAAUCGUUUACUCUCCAAUUUUUAAAAUCUCUCAUUAAAUAAGCGGAAACACCUGCGAAAUCAUAAACUAGAUAGAAAGUAGUAGUUCAAAUUUAUGCUAUAUUUAUUUGAGUUUAUUUGAAUUGAGAAUCACAAGUUUUAAUAUUGUAUUUUAAUCUAUUAUAUUUUUAUUUCAUAUUUUAUCCUGUCAUUAUUCACAAAAAUUAUAUUAAUAUUUUAUUCUAUUAUUAUUUUAUAUAAUAUAUUAAUAUACAGUUUAAUAAUUAUAGAGCGUUUAAUAAAAAUGUCCAAUAUCAAAAGUUUAUGUUAGUAUUAGGCCAAUGAUCUGGCCAAUGACUGAGUAUAUUUUAUUCGUUCAGUUCUCUAUAUAUUACUUUCGUGAUUUAGUAGUAAAUAUAAUAGUAAAUACUUUCACUUCAUUCCUCGUCAUAAAUACAGUUAAGAGUUAAAGAAUAUUUUAAUUAUUUUAGUAUUUACCUUAUUAUGAUGAUCGCAUUUGGACGACACAAGUUGAAUUUAAAUUUAGUUUUUUGGCAAUAGAUUAUUAGAAAUGUUUAAUACGAUAUACAUAUAUAUGCCUCUGUAUUCUUGUUAAAGAGUUGCAUCGUACCGUGUAUUUUUAUGAAGCUUAAAGCGUGCAUACGUAUUGUAGCGAAAUAUAAAAGUUAUCGAUUUUCGUGUCUAAUGCAAUUGUUGAAAUAAAUCGAGAUAUUUUGUUACAUAAAUGUACACCGUUGAGACGUGCAAUCGAAGUAUACCGACAUGUGUUAGAAAUCUCGAUUUGUACUAUUCAUGUUAAAGAUCAGACAAUAAGUUAAGUACCUACAUUCCUAAAUAUUUGCUUGUAACAUUUAUACGUUACGAUAUUACGAUGUAUACACACGCGUUGUACACAUAUCUAAUAAUAAUAAAUGUAAUUGAAUCUGAUUCGUAUCCUGAGAGGAUAUUUGUGUCCAAUAAAUAGUGUGCUUGUUUGAAGUGUUUAACAUGCAGUUACUCCUCUUUGAAGAUUUUAGAGGAUGAAAGAUAUAUUUACUAGGGGUGUGCGGGUACCCGAAAUUACGGGUACCCGAGCUUCGGGAUUUUUUUUUCGGGAUCGGGUCGGGAUUUUUUUUUUCGGGAUUGGGUCGGGACCCGAAAGUUUGUAAAAUUCAGGUAUCCAAAAAAUGUUGGGUACCCGAAAUCGAGUCCGGGACCCGAAAUUGAGUCGAGACCCGAAAUCGAGUCGGGUCCCGAAAUCCUGUUGGAACCCGAAAUCGAGACAAAAUCCCAAAAUUUUGUAAAUUUUGAAUACUUGGAUCUAAAAUUAGGUUAAGAAGCGGUCAUAGAUCUAAAUACCUUAUACAUUGGUGUGAGAAAAAAAUUACUAAAUUUUAAUAAUUAUUUGUUUGAAUAUUGCCACAAUAAAAUUUUUUCCGAACGUAAAUGUAUAUUUAUUCAGUACAAGGAGCGACCACUAAUUUAAUUAUUAUUUUUUAUUGAUUAAAUACUUAUGUACUGUAAGUAAAUAUUUUAUUGGCAGUAUUUAAAUUUAGUAAUUCAAUAUAAACAAAAUGCCUUACGUAAAUUUAGUAAUUUUUUUCUCACAUUAGUGUAUAAAGUAUCUAGAUCUCUGACCGCUACUUAACUCGACUUUAGACCCGAGCACUCAAAAUUUACAAAAUUUUGGGGUUUUGUUUCGAUUUUGGGUCCCGACCCAAUUUUGGUACCCGUAAGUUUCGGAUACCCGAAUUUUACAAAGUUUCGGGUUCCGAUCCAAUCGCGAAAAAAAUUUCCGACCCGACCUGAACCCGAAAUCUCGGAUACCCGCACACCCCUAAUAUUUAUCUAAAUUAUAUACAUAUAUAGCUUUUUUGUUCGAUUUUUUGUGUCUAAACAGUCUUUUUGUUAGAUAAAUAUCGCUUAAAAAUUGAUAAGACUUUAAAAACUGGAGGCAUGAUAUUGUUACACGAUAUAUUAUGAAAGAUGGAGCGCGACAAGAUUUAUUUGUCUCUGUCUGUUAAAAUUCGAUUUAUAUUUCGUGUAAUGUCAUUACCUGCGUAAUGUCAUUUUAGUUAAGCAUUAAUGCAUUUAACACUUUAGUUUUUUUUUAUUCCACUUAUAUUGCAUUUUAUUGCAAAGUAUACUUAUACCUUAAACAAAUAAUCUUAACAUUCGUUUAUUAUCUAACAAGGCACGUAAUAUUCUUAUCCUUGCACUUAAAAACACGAUUGGUCUGCGACACGCAGAUACAAUCGUAAAAGUCGCGUUUUAUAUUACGUUAAACUAUACAAAACAGCGUAGUAUACAUACCUUGUCAUAAACGAAUCAAAAUAGUUGAUAAGUUAUUUUUUUUUUUUGUUGCUACUGCUGGUACUGAUGUUUGACGAAAGCGACUGGACUGUAGGAUAAGACUUUAUCAAUGUUAAGAAUGAAAUAUGUAUUAUGUUAAGACCGAAUGUUGCAUUGACAAAAGACGAUGCUUUGUGCUCCGUCCAAAAAUAAAGCAAAUAAAUAAAACCAGA